AUGUCGCGGUUCUCAACCUUCCUCGCCGCCAUCGUCCUGGCUCUCACCAGCCUCGCAGCCGGCCUCCCCGCAGGAUCCAUGCUCGCCUCGCAUACCGCCUCACACAUCGUCCACCGCAGCAUUGGUCUUGGUAGGGACACCCUCCGCGAGGACGACCGGAUGGAGCGACGCGACUUCACAUGGACCAACUCCAAGUCGCCCCAGAACCUCUGCGGCGACAGCAGCUUCACGACGAGCGACGACGACGCAGGCCCGUCCGUCUCGGACUGCCAGACGUUCCUCGACUGGGUCUCAGACCGGGAAGGCUUCUGGCUGGUCACAGGUUUCAGCUCGGGCGGUGAUUCGUGGGAGGAGUUCGCACGCGUUGAGUCGUGUGCAAUUGCGGUCCGUCAUGCCGACUCCGCUACUGGAACUAUUCCAAUCGGCAACCAGGAUGUCAGCGAUAUCAUGAAGUCCGUGAUAUCACAGUACGGUGGUGCUGCUAAACUGCCUUCGGUACACGGCACGAUGGAUUGCAAGCGGGAUCCUUCGUCUGCGAGCGUGGAGUGGAAGGUCUACAAGAGCUGA